CAUAACCUCGGCACCGGUUUGGAUUUGUCCAAAUAUGCGAGGAGAACCUUUUGGAGACGGUACAUGACAGAGCUCGUGAGCUUGAGGGAAAGAAAAGCGAGUGCCCGAUAACAAGCUGCGUGCCAACAUUGUGCUGCUUCUGAACUCUAGGUGACAGGGAUAUUGGCUCAUCUUUAACAACACAAGAGAACAAGAGAAGCGUGUGUGUGUGUGAGAGAGAGAGAGAGAGAGAGAGAGAGAGAGAGAGAGAGAGAAAGAGAGAGAGAGAGAGAGAGCAGGGAUAGUCAAAAGAGGAUACUCGUCCGCGCAUCCUCCUCAAACCGAAGUUUGAUCUCCACAAACUCAAAGGAUUUGGGAUUCUUAGCCGUGAUUACAAUGCAUCAUCGGAGGCAUUUUGGAUGUGUACUCGUCUGGAUUUACAUGUGGUGGGGGCUCUGUUUCAAAGGUUUCCAUGGUGGCCCGCACCAGAGGAAGCUGUACAGAGACCUGAUGGUGAACUAUAACCGCCUGGAGAGACCGGUACAGAACGACUCUGCUCCAAUCCUGGUGGAGCUGGGCUUCACACUGUUGCAGAUCAUAGACGUGGAUGAAAAGAACCAGGUCCUGAUGACAAACGCGUGGCUUCAGUUGUACUGGACAGAUAUCUAUCUCACCUGGAAUGCAGAGAGCUACCCGGGGGUCCAGAACCUGCGCUUCCCCUCCAGUCAGAUCUGGGUCCCAGACAUCCUGCUUUACAACAGUGCGGAUGAGAGGUUUGAUGCUACCUUUCACACUAAUGUCCUUGUCAAUGCUUCAGGCUCUUGCCAGUACAUUCCACCGGGCAUCCUGAAGAGCACAUGCUACAUAGACGUGCGCUGGUUCCCUUUCGACGUGCAGAAGUGCGACCUGAAGUUCGGCUCGUGGACCCACAACGGCUGGCUGCUGGACCUGCAGAUGCUGAAUGUGGACAUAUCUACCUACAUACCCAAUGGCGAAUGGGAUCUUGUGGGCGUCCCAGCCAAGCGUAACGAGCUGUACUAUGACUGCUGUAAGGAGCCCUAUCCUGACGUCACCUUCACGGUGACCAUGAGGAGGAGGACGCUGUACUACGGCCUGAACCUGCUCAUCCCCUGCGUGCUCAUCUCUGGCCUGGCCCUGCUGGUCUUCCUGCUGCCCGCAGACUCUGGGGAGAAGAUCUCUCUGGGUAUCACAGUUCUGCUAUCUCUAACAGUCUUCAUGUUGCUGGUGGCAGAGAUUAUGCCAGCCACCUCCGACUCUGUUCCCCUCAUAGCCCAGUAUUUUGCCAGUACCAUGAUGAUCGUGGGUCUGUCCGUGGUAGUGACAGUGCUGGUUCUUCAAUUCCACCAUCACGACCCCCAUGGGGGCAAGAUGCCCAAAUGGGUACGCGUCAUCCUCCUCAACUGGUGCGCCUGGUUCCUGCGCAUGAAGAAACCCGGCGACGAGCGCAAGAUGGCCGCCAGCGCCUACAAACACGGCCACGCUCCCCAUCACCACACCAGCGCCAACAGCAUCCCGAUGGGUGCCAUGCCUGGGCAGCCCUCCAGCCAACCCACCACCACUUCCACGACCAAUGGCAACAUGAAUCUGUACUUCGGCUACCACAACGCGGGGGUGGAUAACCCGUGCUGUCCCUCGAGCAGUGAUUCUGCCGUGGUGGUCUGCGGGAGCGGGAGCCAGACGGCCGGAUCUCCCCUCCAGAUGAGCGUGGAUCCGGGCCGGACGUUGCUGGAGCAGGCCCCGGAGAUCGGGCGGAUCCUGGAGGAGGUGCAGUACAUUGCGCGGCGCUUCCGUGAGCAGGACGAGGGCGCGGCCAUCUGCGGCGAGUGGAAGUUUGCGGCGGCGGUGGUGGACCGCCUCUGCCUGGUGGCGUUCUCCCUCUUCUCCAUCAUCUGCACCUUCACCAUCCUCAUGUCAGCACCCAACUUCAUUGAAGCCGUCUCAAAAGACUUUGCUUGAGCAGAGAAACUCUACGUGCCCGAGGGAGAGGCUAAUAGCUGACAAGCUGCAACGCUACAAUGUUCGCUCGUUAAGGCCUACUCUGUAAAGUCAACUCCCAUCCUGUUGUUUUGAAGUUGUUGUUAAGGUCCAGUCAAUGACAAGUGCUUUCAAUACCAAAUCUCUAUAUUUUGAUAAUAAGUAUGAAGUGUCACAGGUUAUUGACAUGGAUUUGGGUCCUCUAAAGAUGGCUGCCCAGUAAGGGCUCAGUGCAGGCUUAUGUAGCUCUUGAAGCUAAUUGAAACUCACUAAUGCACUUUCCAUGCACAAAUUUGUUGUUUCAUGAACACCCAUCUUCAGCACUUCCAGAAUCGGUCCAAGUUCAGUCCUAAGUCAUUUUGUUUGAUUUAUUUCCCUCUCCUUUUCCUCCUCACUUUCCUUCAUAUGCUUAUUUCCACAACUUAUGAAAUAUGCACAUUAAGUACCGGUUUAACUGUCAACACUAAAUAGAUAUUUCACAGAUUUCAGAGCUUUUCAUUUUUGGAGAUGGUUUUGAGUGUUUAUUUUAAUAUUUUCAUUAUUUUCUAGUAAAGCGCUCAGACCACACAUUACCACUGUACUAUGGAGUGUAGGUUCAUUGUCUUUUAUUCUGUGUGCUGUCUUUAUCCUUUCUCUUUUUUUGUCUCUCUUUGUUGUCUAUUUCAAUAAUUGGCAUUCUCAGUACAUUAAUCAAGUUGGCAACAAUAACAGAAGACUUAAUGGACCCAGAAUAUGACAGUGGAUUUUUUUCUCAGUAAAACAUCUUUCUUACAGUUAUUAUUCCAUGAAUAACACAC